CCCGCGCAUGCCGCGGAGGAAUAAUUACCGAAAAACCAUAUCCGUGUAGACUUUAAUGCAAAAUUGAAUUUGCUCGCGCUUAUGUACUGGACUUUGCAACUUUUUUGUCCACGUUUUUCUCUUUAGCGUGAAAUUUACUCGCUCGCUCAACACUGUUAGGUUAGGCGCGGAGCGCCUCAAUCAAACAGACCUAGUAUUAUCCUCUAUUUCAAACAAAGGAGAUAUGUUUUUUUAACUAAUUUAUAUGACCAAAAGUUUUUUGAAACCGAUCUUUAUUUGUAUAUAUUCGCCGAUGUCCGCAUAAGUGACAAGUAUGACUGUACACCGUGUGAAAAUCUGACUUGCCUAAGGAAAAUGGUGGCAAAGGGGCAAAGGUUGACAAAGGUGUCCAUCAUCUACCAUAGCAUUCGUGCUUUCAUACGAAAUAUUGAAUUGGACUAAAAAAAAUACAAUAGCCUUGGUGUUUCUCCUACUUCUGUUGAGUAAGUACUUUUGUAGUGAAACCAGAUGAGAAAACAAGCAGCACUUACCAAAGUUUAAUGUUUAAUCGCUGUCAACAUAAAAUUGUUCCACAAUGAUGAUUGAACAAAUAUUUCCAAGUCUUGGAAAAUGUACAUAUUUAAAAAAUAUAUUACAUCAGACAAAAAGAUACUAUAACAAAAAUAUAUCAAUGAAUAGUAAAACCACUAUUAUUAACGAUAAAAAAGAUCCUUCCUUCUUAGGAGUACAUACCAGUUUUACCAAUGAAUUGAAAUUUAUUGACAAAGAAAACUACAAUCCUUUACCAACAUUUAGGAUUUUGGAUUCAUCUAAACAUGUACAAUUACCUGCAGACUUGAAGCUAGAUGAACAAACUUUGAUUAAGAUGUAUCAUAAAAUGAUUACGUUAAAUAUUAUGGAUAAGAUUCUUUAUGAAUCCCAAAGACAAGGUCGUAUAUCAUUCUAUAUGACUAAUACUGGAGAAGAAGCAAUUCAAAUUGGUUCUGCGGCUGCUGUUAUGUCGGAAGAUGUUAUAUACGCGCAAUAUCGUGAAGCCGGUGUUUUAUUAUGGCGUGGUUAUUCUAUCGCAGAAUUUAUGAAUCAGUGUUAUGGCAAUUUUAAAGAUACUUCUAAGGGUAGACAGAUGCCCGUUCACUAUGGAUCAAAAAAAUUGAACUUUGUUACUAUCUCUUCUCCUCUAACGACACAAUUACCUCAAGCGGUAGGUACGGCAUAUGCGCUUAAACGAUCUAAAGCGAAAACAUGCGUAGUAUGUUAUUUUGGCGAAGGGGCUGCUAGCGAAGGAGAUGCUCAUGCAGCUUUUAAUUUUUCCGCAACUUUAAAAUGUCCUAUCAUUUUCGUGUGUCGAAACAAUGGUUAUGCUAUUUCAACUCCUUGCUCGGAACAAUUUAAAGGAGACGGAAUCGCUGCAAGAGGCCCAGCUUACGGUAUACGUACAAUUCGUGUAGACGGUAACGAUGUUCUCGCCAUGUAUUACGCAACAAAAGCUGCUCGCGAAUAUUCUGUGAAGGAAGGAAAACCUGUCUUAAUCGAAGCCAUGACUUAUCGGAUUGGUCAUCAUAGCACAUCUGACGAUAGUUCUGCAUAUCGAUCGACCGAUGAAAUAGAAAGAUGGAAUUAUUAUGCGCCUAUAACUAGAUAUCGUAAUUAUUUAGAAUCGAUUAAUUUAUGGUGCGAGCAACAAGAACAGGAGUUAAAUGAAUCUAUGAAAAAGUCUGUGUUACUUGCAUUUUCGAAUGCAGAGAAGGAACUUAAACCUCAUUGGAAAGAAUUAUUUACGGAUGUGUAUCAUACGAUGCCAAAACACAUAAGAAAACAAAUGUCUUCUAUGGAAAACCAUGUAACAGAAUUUCGUGAACAUUAUCCAUUAUGCCUUUUCAAAUCAUCUUAAUAAUGAGAACUGCAUUAUGAACUGUAUUUACCAUUCCAUGUCAAUAUUGUAUAUUUUUCUAUUGUUUGAUAACAAAUAAAAUAUUUUCAAAUGA